AUGCAUGGAGGUCCACAAGCUAUGUUAUCGUCGGUACGCAUGAGCUACUGGCCAAUUAACGGUCGCAAUUUAGCACGAAACAUAGUAAAUAAAUGCGUUAUUUGUUUUAAACAAAAACCUAUUAUAAUGCAACCGAUAAUGGGUGAUCUGCCUAAACAUCGGGUAUCUCCAGGCCGCGCGUUUCUAAGAUGUGGAGUAGACUUCGCCGGGCCCUUCAUGGUUAAAACUAGCACUCGAAGAAAUGCCCCGAAAGUGAAGUCUUAUGUAAGCGUUUUUAUUUGUUUAGCUACGCGAGCUAUACAUCUCGAGCUCGUCAGUGACCUGAGCACCGAUGCUUUUAUACGCGCAUUAAAUAGAUUUUUUGACCGUCGGGGAAAAAGCAUGGUAAUAUACUCAGAUAAUGCAACGAAUUUCGUAGGGGCCAACCGGAAACUAAAGGAAUGGUACCAAUUAUUUCAUAGUGACGAAAAUAAAAAAAGGACUAUGGAUACGUUAUCAGAUUUAGGCAUUGAUUGGAAAUUCAUACCUGCCCGUUCACCUCACUUCGGCGGUCUAUGGGAAGCAGGUGUAAAAUCCAUGAAAUCUUUAUUAUCCAAAGUCUUGGGUGAUUCGUACUUUACUUACGAGGAGUUGCUAACUAUUAUAACCCGAGCAGAGGCGUGUCUAAAUAGUCGUCCUUUAACACUUAUGUCCUCCGAUCCUAGUGAUAUGUCUCAUUUAACUCCCGGGCAUUUUCUCAUCGGUGACUCUCUCUCCGCCAUACCAGAAAUUGAUGACACAAACGUACCAACAAAUUAUCUAUCUCGUUGGCGACGCGUGUCACAAUAUUCGGAUAUUCUAUGGAGACGGUGGAGCAAAGAGUAUCUGUCCCAACUUCAGGAACGGGCAAAGUGGGCAAGCGAAAAGGGUGUCAAACUGAAGGAAGAUUCCAUUGUACUCAUGCGCGAUGAAAACCUUCCACCAAUGAAAUGGCGUUUAGGUCGGAUUAUCAAUGUCAUACCAGGGCAAGACGGUGUUAUACGCGUGGCUGACGUUAAAACGGCGAAUGGAACUUUUCGUAGAGCCGUCAGGCAAUUAUGUCCAUUGCCAUUUGUGGGUAAUUGUAAUUUGUAA